AUGGCGGAUCACUUCGACACAACAGUGUCCGACAAGCGACAGCGACCACAGGAUGCAGAGGACACCGAGGACGGCGGAAAAGAUCCUAUCACACUAAUCUUUGACCGCUUCUGGGCCAAACUGCGGGCACACAUCAAGCCUGCAAUGCCCAGCCAAACAUUACCCACAAGGGUAAGAGCCGAUGGCGGACGGGAGAAUGGGAAUCCUCCUCAAGGCAACUCUAAGACCCCCACAUCGAUCCCCCACCUCCUAGGCACUCCCGGGCUGAGAGCAAGAUGGGGAGCACCCCAGAGGCGCUGGCCACACAAGUGGAGAGGGGCAAGACGAAACCUCAAGCGACCAAACCUACCUCUCCGCACGAACCCGAAAGGGCUGACCCUGGACCACGAAGGCUCCCAGGCUCGUGGCCUACGAGCGCCAGCUCUCCCACAGCUCCGGGGCAAGAGGGGAUUCCCGCAACUGAGACGCUAUGGCACUACCCAGAUGAGACGGAACUCAAGCGUGAGGCCCAAACCUGAAAGGCAGCAGACAACCGGAGGUCACCGGGCCAGCAGCGAUAAGACUAACAUUUUAGCACAAGCUCGAGGGAUGAACCCCCCCAUCGCCAUUACAGGCCUAAGUGACUGCCUAAAUGUCUCCAUCCACACCAGACAAGCGGGACUCUGCAUGGCAAAGCAGCGAGGCCAUCAUCUGAUGAAUCCCAGGGACAAUAUGGAGAUACCAAGCCGAGGCAUCGGCUAA